AUGGCAGCAGUCACCAGCUUCUCCAACUUCUCCACUACCCAAACUCUCUUUCUCUCUUCACCAAACAACCCUCAGCAUUUCUCUAUAUCCCCAAAAAGCCUCUCUCUCACUCUCAUUUCCCGCAGUAAAGUCACCACAACUCCCUCCGUCUCAUUCACCACCCCCCGCCUCACCCGCUUCUCCUUCAUCGCCAGCUCAUCCGCCGCAUACGGCGGUGACCCCCCUCCUGGCGGCGGGGUAGGCGGCGGAGGUAACAACAAUAACAAUCAGGACAACGGUGGCGGUGAUGACGGCGGUGAGGACCGGGAGCGGAACAAGGUGGAGGCCGUGGCGGCGAUAGCGGAGGCGGGGCGGUCGUCGGAGAGCCUGCCCAAGGACUUGGUGGCGGCAAUAGAGGCGGGCCGUGUGCCGGGGUCUAUUGUGAGAAGGUUCUUUGAGCUGGAGAAGUCGGCGGUGUUCAGGUGGCUGCUUGGGUUUGAUGGGUUUAAGGAGCGGUUGCUUGCGGAUGACUUGUUCUUGACUAAGGUUGCUAUAGAGUGUGGUGUUGGAAUAUUCACCAAGACUGCUGCAGAGUUGGAGCGGCGCCGCGAAAAUUUUACCAAAGAGCUGGAUUUUGUUUUUGCGGAUGUGGUGAUGGCCAUUAUAGCCGAUUUUAUGCUUGUUUGGCUUCCUGCUCCUACUGUUUCACUUCGACCUCCUCUUACUGUCAGUGCGGGGCGUCUUGCUAAGUUCUUCUAUGGGUGUCCUGAUAAUGCUUUUCAGGUAGCUUUGGCUGGAACAUCUUACUCACUCUUACAGAGAAUAGGUGCAAUAGUGAGAAAUGGAGCUAAACUAUUUGCAGUCGGGACUGGUGCAUCUCUGGUUGGUACGGGUGUAACAAAUGCAUUGAUUAAUGCACGAAAAGCUAUCGAUAAAUCUUUUGCUGGUGAAGCAGAGGAUGUUCCCAUAUUAUCAACUAGUGUAGCCUAUGGAGUUUAUAUGGCAGUUUCUAGCAAUCUAAGGUACCAAGUUCUCGCUGGAGUAAUCGAACAACGAAUUCUAGAACCCUUGCUACACCAACACAAGAUUAUACUGAGUGCAAUUUGCUUUGCUGUUCGAACAGGCAACACAUUCUUGGGGUCCUUGAUGUGGGUUGAUUAUGCACGGUGGGUUGGAAUUCAAAAGAUACGAGAUUAG